AUGGAUGUUAAACAGCUGUUUACAAAUCUCAAGAAGGAAGCCGAGUGUCCACUGUGUCUAGAAACAGUCAAAGAUCCUAAGACACUACCAUGUCUGCACUCAUUCUGUCUGCGGUGUAUCGACAAACACGCAAGAUAUGCAAGAAGAAAGUUAGAAACGACGAUCAAAUGUCCAGUUUGUCAGGCUUGCUUUCAGAUCCCUGAAGGAGACACGUUUGGCAAUCUUCCCACAUCUUUUCAUCUCAACCGAUUGGUAGAUCUCCUCGUUCUGAGUGAUGUCAGCGAGGAGGCUCAGAGAUGCAGCAGUUGUGAAGAAAACAACGCAGCAACUUGCUACUGCUUUGUUUGCCAGAACUUUCUUUGCAAGGAUUGUUUUGAUGCUCAUCAACGCCUGAAGACCACAAGAGGUCAUCGCAAUGUUUUGAUCGAAAACUUGCAAGCGCCAGAUGUGGAGGACUUGAUGCACAGACCCGGUAUGUGUUUAAAGAAAUAUCACGAGAAUGAACCGCUUGAUUAUUAUUGUCAAGACUGUAGCGUUUGUAUUUGCCACAAGUGCAGUAUAGUGAGUCAUAAUAGACAUUCUUUAGUAGACUUACAGGAGGCUGCCGAAGAACAAAAGAUGCAAAUAACGCAAGUCUUUGCCAGAGUUAAGGAAAAACUUGUUACCGUAAUGUCAAAGAUAUCGGAGCAAAUUGAACUCAUGAAAAAAAGCGAAGAAGAAAUCUGCGCCGCUGAAGAGAAGGUUACGAAAACUGUGCAAGAAAUUAUUCGAAUUGCGAAGGAACAUGAAACGGGUGUGAAAACUAAGCUGGCAGAAAUUAAAGUCACGCAACAAAGGAAUUGCGCAGCAAAAAUAGAAAUUUUUCAGGUACUCGCUGCUCAGCUAAAGAGUUCUGUCGAAUAUGGCGAAGGUAUCGUACAACGAAGCAUCGGUCCUGAAAUUCUGCAAGCAGGACAUGCUGUGCUUGGUCGAUGCGAGGAACUCUUAACCACACAGGAUAUUGAGGUUUGUAAACCUCAACAUUUCGUCUAUGGUGUAAAUGUGGAUGCUAUGAAUACUGUCAGAGGCUUGGUUCCGGGUCAAGUAUUUGAGACUAACACGGAUCCUUCACAGUCAUCGGCAGAAGGAAAAGGUUUAAUCGAGGCAGAAGCAGGCACUGAAACUAACUUUACAGUUACUACGCGAGAUUCAAAGGGAAGUCAGUGGUAUGGUGAACAAGACCAACUGACUGUAAUAGUCCGCUCACAAAAAGGAGAGGAGGAGGAAACGAAAAUUGACGACUGUAAGAAUGGAAGUUACGUAGUGCGUUACAAGCCAAAGAAUGUUAGCUUACGUGACAUUUCUGUUGUGGUGAAUGGCCAACCACUGACUGGUAGUCCUUGGAGAGUUCAAGCGACUGGUCACCAGUAUAAAGCUAUUCAUUCAUUUGGAUCACAUGGGACAGGACCGGGACAGUUUAAAGGACCAGUUAGCAUUGUAGUGAAUAAAAGAACAGAAAGGAUCGCCAUAGCAGAUUUUUCUAAUCACAGAGUUCAGUUGUUUGAUCGUGAGUGGAAAUAUCUGAGAACAAUAGGAGACAAAGGGUCUCAUGCUAAGAGAAUCAGGUAUCCUUGUUCGGUAGAAUUUACAACAUCUGAUGAAGUCAUUGUCAUUCAUGGAGAAGGUUUAAAACCGAAUAAAAUGUUCUUGUUCACUGAAUAUGGCGACUUCAUUAAAGACAUCAGUCAGCAUUUGAUUGAUCCUUCCUCCGUAUCUGUCAGAGAUGAUGGUCACAUGAUCGUGUGUGACAAGGGCGACAACUCAGUUAAGGUCCUCUCCUCUGACGGUACAAGAUUAGUACAGUCCUUCAAAGGACUACACGGUGUUAGCUCUCCGGCUUCUGCUGUUUAUCAUGAGAACAAGUUUUUUGUCUUAGAUGGCAUAUAUAAAUUUGUUAAAGUGUUCAGCAACGAAGGACUUUAUCUGUAUGAUAUUGGCAAUGGGGAAUCUUGUGCAGGGCAACCUUUUGGUUAUGGAGAGAAACUCACUAUUGACGCGUUUAACAACCUGAUCGUGUGUGACAUAAAGAACAGCAGUCUUCAUGUGUUUUCUUUAGAUGGAAAAUAUAUUAAUUCGUUUAAUGAAGGAAUUGAAUCUUCCUGGUCUGUCGCUGCUUUUGAAAAUAAUAAGUUGUUGGUUGGCGAUUAUAAAAAGCAUGUAAUCCAUGUUUUUCAGUAGAAGGUGAACAUUACUCAGCAGGUAUUCUGAUGCGAUUCUUUCCAUGUGAUCGUUGUUUUCGUAAUAAGUUAU